CCUAGAGGUUCAGACUUUUGUGCCACAAUUGACAGUACCAAUCUCAGUUCUAAGAGUCAUGGAGCUACAAAGGUUGUGAAGGAAAGGGUUGACAAGGAACCAAGAGUUGGGAAGGAUAAGGAUGAGAGAGGACCAAGGAUUGAGAAGCCACGUCUUGAGAGGGCUAGAGUUGAGAAACCACGUCUGAUAGGCCAAGAGCUGAGACUUGUUCAAGCCCCUUGUGUGCUUGAUGAAGAGAGCCUUCAAGCUUUGUUUGAUGAGCCACUAGGAAGGGCUCUAAAAGAAGGGGAGGAUGUAGCCUCUAAGGCAAGACCAGGGAUAAAAGAAAAGAUCCACCAGCUCAGGCCCCUUCAUCAAGCCAUCUCAGCUCACAAUGACUUUGUUCCCCACCAAGUUUGA